AUGAAGCAGAGGGAUGCACCACGCGCCGCGGCAGGGGAAGCGGCUCCCGCGCACGUCCCGCCUGGCCGUCACAGCCCUCCGCGCGACGCGACGCUCCCCGCGGCUGCAAAGACAGAAGCCAGUGGGAGUCACCACGGGGCUCGCAGUUUCCCAGAGAAGCUGGAGCUAGCAGCCGCGAACAGGACGGCAGCUCGUCCGCACCCCUGCGCUACCGGUGCAGUGGGCUCGCCGGGAUGGGGCGGGGCUGCUGAGCCGGCACGCGCCGGACGGCGCGCGGCGCGGCGCGGGGCGGGGCUGGGCGACGCACGGGGCGGGGCUGGGUGGCCGGGCCAGCGCGCCUGCGCCCCCGGAGCUGGCGAGACAAAGGGGAGGGCCCGUCCGGCCCCGCCCCCAGCGCCCCGCCCCGCGCGGCCGGCCGGGCCGGCGUGUGGCCCCCGCGCCCCCGCCUCCGCUGCCGCCGCAGCCGCCAUGUACCCCGCGGGCCCCCCGACCGGCCCAGCCCCGCGCCGCGGCCGCCAUCCCCUGCCCGGGCGCCCCGCGCAGCUGCCGCGGCUCCCCGCACCCACCCCGGCUCCCGCCGUGAGGCCGCCGCCCCCCGCGCCCGGGCCGCGGCCCCGCGUGGCCGUGAAGAUGGCCUUCCGCAAGGCCUACUCCAUCAAGGACAAGCUCCAGGCCAUCGAGCGCGUCAAGGGCGGCGAGCGGCAGGCCAGCGUGUGCCGAGACUUCGGCGUGCCGGGCGGCACGCUGCGCGGCUGGCUCAAGGACGAGCCCAAGCUGCGCUGGUUCCUGGAGCAGCUGGGCGGAGAGGUGGGCACGCAGCGCAAGAAGAUGCGGCUGGCCAACGAGGAGGAGAUCGACCGCGCCGUCUACUCGUGGUUCCUGGCGCUGCGCCAGCACGGCGUGCCGCUGUCAGGGCCGCUCAUCCAGGCUCAGGCCGAGGCCUUCGCGCGCCAGAUCUACGGGCCCGAGUGCACCUUCAAGGCCAGCCACGGCUGGUUCUGGCGCUGGCAGAAGCGCCACGGCAUCUCCAGCCAGCGCAUCUAUGGCGAGGCCGAGCCUCUGGCCGCGGGCCCCGCGCCCGGCCCGCCCGUCAAGCAGGAGCCCGCACAGCCCCCCGGCUCCAGCUCCGGCCCCCUGCCCGAGCGGGCUCCGGCCCCGCCGCCCCCCGCCGAGGGCGGCUACGGAGACGAACAGAUCUACAACGCGAACGUCACUGGCCUCUACUGGAAGCUGCUUCCGGAGCAGGCCGCGCCCCUGGGCGCGGGAGACCCCGGCGCGGGGGGCUGCGGCCGCCGCUGGCGGGGCGACCGGGUGACAGUGCUGCUGGCCGCCAACCUGACCGGCAGCCACAAGCUGAAGCCACUGGUCAUCGGGCAGCUGCCAGACCCCCCCAGCCUGCGCCACCACAACCAGGACAAGUUCCCAGCCUCCUACCGCUACAGCCCGGAUGCCUGGCUCAGUCGCCCACUGCUGCGGGGCUGGUUCUUCGAGGAGUUCGUCCCUGGCGUGAGGCGCUACCUGCGCCGCAGCUGCCUGCAGCAGAGGGCUGUGCUGCUGGUGGCCCACCCGCCCUGCCCAAGCCCAGCUGCCAGGACGCCUGCCCUGGAGGAGAAUGAGGAGGCCCUCAGGCGGUGUCGGCCUGAGCCCCUCAGCUCCCCAGAAGAGCUGCAGACCCCGGAUGGUGCCGUGCGGGUGCUGUUCCUGUCCAAGGGCAGCAGCCGGGCACACAUCCCUGCUCCCCUGGAGCAGGGAGUGGUGGCCGCCUUCAAGCAGCUGUACAAGCGGGAGCUGUUGAGGCUAGCUGUGUCUUGUGCGGGGGGCUCCCCGUUGGACUUUAUGCGCAGCUUCAUGCUCAAGGACAUGCUGUACCUGGCCGGCCUCUCCUGGGACCUGGUGCAGGCUGGCAGCAUUGAGCGGUGCUGGCUUCUCGGCUUGCGGGCGGCCUUCGAGCCUCGGCCCAGCGAGGAGUGUGUUGGGCAGCCAGCGGGCCAGGCCGAGGAGGCCGCCGAGCACAGCCGGGUGCUCAGCGACCUCACGCACCUGGCGGCCCUGGCCUACAAGCGCCUGGCGCCCGAGGAAGUGGCCAAGUGGCUGCAUCUGGACGAUGACGGGGGGCUGCCGGACAGCUGCAGAGAGGAGGCAGGCCCUGGCCGGCCCCCGGUGCUGGCCCCUGCCGCCCCUCCACCCCCCGCCAGCCUGCCCUCUGUCAUGGGGGGUGGAGAGGAGGAGGAGGAGGCCGCGGUGCCCACUGCUGGGGAGGCGGUGCGGGGACUAGAGACAGCUCUUCGGUGGCUGGAGAACCAGGACCCCCGGGAGGUGGGGCCACCGAAGCUGGUGCAGCUGCGCUCACUGAUCAGCAUGGCCCGGAGGCUGGGGGGCAUUGGUCCUUCUCCCGCAGUCCCCGAGGACGGGGUGUGACCAAGCCAGCCCAAGUGGCCCCCCAGUGGCUGUUCUCCUGCUGCACUUGGAGGGAGGGGACACAGUCUUUCCAUCUCCUCUCCUCCCCUCCCCAGAGGUGGCCCACCCUAUGGCUCAGGGGGUUCCAGGGACCCCAGCACGGGCUGGCUUGGAGGGGCUCUGUUGGUGAAGGGUCGUUCUGCUCACUGGUCCCCCAUCUCCUGAGGGAGGAGCUAGAAGAGAGGCCUCGGGCUCAUACGCCUCCCUGGGCAAGCACACUCGUGGGGUCUGUGGUUCUAGCCAGGGUCCUUGCCGCACACACGACACCACGCGCUUAACAGGGCAGCUGUCGGCGUUCCCGCCCCGGCCUUUGAGAGCUGAGAUCUUCAGCCCUGUGCCUGUCUGUACCUCUGGCCCUCCUCCCCAGGGGCCCGUCACGUGCCCUGGACGAGGGUCCAGCACUCCUGUCAGUCUGGAGCCCUGGUGCUUUGUGGCUCCCGUGCUACAGCCAUGUGAUCAUCUCCAUGGGGAAGCACCCCAGUCAGUUUUGGUGUUUAGCACAUUAAGUCCAUUUUUACAGAUACCCCUCAUGGGAGCCAGGGUGGCGUCUCACCCCCAGCCCCCCCCCCCCCCCAGCCUGGGGCCGGUCUUGGAGGUUGGCUCUGUCGGCUGGGAAGGGAGGAUGGUGCCCGGCACUCGGGGGGCCGGAUGUUCCGGGUGCAGCAGGGAGUGUAGAUUUCUGUUCCGCUGGGAUUGUUAGUUUUCCUUAGGAAGAUUCCAUUCCAAAAUCACACCUAUUCUGUGGGGUUGGCAGCCUUCUAGCCUUUCUGGGCCCUGGUGAUUUGACCAAUGGCUGAAUGAGCUCCCCAGACCAGCCACAGCCCACUCGGUCCAGCCCCAGGGCCCAGAGCCACGCCACCUCCUCGGCACUGGCCUGCGGCACUGACAGCCACACCAGGAUAAUCCCACAGUGCCUUAGUGCCCUCCCAGGCUUUUCCAUCCCUCCAGCACUGCCAGGGGCGUGACGAAGGAGCGGCUUCCCACAGCCCCAGGAAUUGGGCUUCCGAGUGGCCCAGCUGGAGAGAGGGAGGCAAGUGUUGGCGUGUCACUGCCCCGCUCUGGGCUCAGUCCUGCGGGUGGUCUGGGACCCGGAGGCGCCUGGGGCCUUCGGGGACUGUCUGGGGAGCUGCUGCCCAGAGCUCUCGUGGAGGGCGGGGGCUGGGUCUGCGGUCCACACCCCCACCGCCCGCGUGCUCGCCGGACACUGCGGAGGCCGUAGGCAGGCAGUGUGCUGGUGGGAGGGAGGGGCAAUGCAUUGGUGAGGGAGCCCCCGGAGCAGCUCCCCGAGUCUGAGAACAUAAACCUCUCCUUGGAGCUGUCCUCAGUCGAGGUGUGUGCGUGUUACAUACGUGGGUCUCAAAUCCGAGAGCUGAGGGGAGAAGUGGAGAAUUUGGAAGCUUGACCAGGCAGGGGCCCAGCUGGCACCUCUGCUCGCUCAUCUCAAGCCUGCACGCCUAGAGGAGCCGGUGGCCGGCUGUGGCUGUGGCUGGCCCUGGGACUCUAACCCAAGCAGCUGGCACAGGGCUUCAGGAAGCCUUCCUUCCACCACCUGAUGGCAGCUCAGGGACGUAGGGCUGGGAGCCCGCGGGCGCUAGGCAGGGGUGCACCUGGGGCUCCAAGAGUGUCCUCAGGAGAACGGCUGAAUACUCAAAGCAGCAAAGGUUGUUACUCUUAGGAAGAGGCUGUUGGGCCUGCUUGGGGUGUCCGGAGGGCAUGGCAGCGGGCUGCAGAAGGGGGCACUGGGAAGUGGGUGUGUGGGCUCCUAUUAAAACCACGCUUAACUUGUGUUUUGGGGAGAGUUGCCCAUCUGAGAUGCACGGCCUUGCCCAAGGGGGCUACGUGCUUGGGAAGCGACCCCCAGACAUGGAGUGGGCUGCGGGUGCAAUGCCACCAUGUGGGGAGGGGAACGGAGCGCCCGCGAGCUGAGGGGACCAGGGACCCCCAGCCCACGCCUCCACCCACUGUAGGUCAGGAUUGCUAUGCGGAGCCCUAGGAUGGGCGCUGGGCACUGCUUGUCCCCAGAUAGGGGUGUCCCCUGGUGAGGCUCAUCUCCAGAGGCGUGUCCUCGAGGGGACCGUGGGCUUAUGAGGGUGCACGCAGUCGAGCCUUUUCACGCCCAUCCUUGCCGGAGGUGUUCACCCAGUCAGCCCAAUGCGCUUUGUAAUAAAAGUUCCUGUCAACUUCA